AUGUGGAGAUGGCUCAAUGGGCCCGGCAAAGUCUUCCGCAAAGCUUUACCAGGCAGCACGAACUACAUGAACGCGUACGACAAGCAAGGUAAUUUGCUACGCACCAGAAACGCUGGCAGAGAGGCUGGCUCAAGGCGGAACAAGCCCGAGGAGGAGACACUGGAGGAGGAUGAGGAGACAGCAGCUCGAAGGGACCUUGAGAAUCCGGAUCUGACGGACGAGGAGCCACGUGACGAAGAAUCAGACGCACGCGGCGGCAUACCGAAGGAGCGGCGAAGUGACAUGCGGCCGUAUCCGCUCAACGAUCAGUUCUCGAGUCAGGCGGUGCUGUCGGAAGAGUUACGGGAGGAGCUGUACACGCAAGUGGCCGUCUACAAGCACGACAUCUCCAGCGUCGCCGCAAGCUUCAGCGUCGAUAUCAGACGGGUGGCGGCGGUGGUCAGGUUGAAGACGAUUGAGAAGCAAUGGGUAGCUGAGGGCAAACGGCUUGCGAAACCGUACUCCGAAGCCGUACUCGCUAUGCUUCCCACCACUCCCUUCCGGCCAAACACGGCAAACCCUGUGACACCACAUGAACCCAUCAACGACAUCGAAGUACACGCGCACACGCGGCCUCAGAUCUUCUGGCCUGCAUCCGAGAGCCGACAGUUCACUCGUGAAGACGCCGCGAAAGUCUUCGACUCCAAACUGCUUCCCGCGGACAAGCGCAUCCCGCUCCCUAUGCUGGUAGACUUGGAGCGGUGGAAGCUGGAGGGCUUGGAUAGGCAGGAGAGAACGAAGAAACAAAUCGAGGCUGACGACAAAGCAAGGAGGGAAGAGGAUGAGAAGGUGAGGAAGAGAACGGAGUGGCAGGCGAGGACGCAGAGGGUUGUACAGGGUCGGAGGUGGGAUUUCAAAUUCCAGGAUAUUAGCGCGGAGAAGGUGGGUAAAGAUGGUAGAGGCAAAGAUGCAGUGGGCUAUCGGUAUGGCAUGCCACAUGAGGAUCGCAAGAGAGGCAUGCUCAAGAUCCCUACGAGUGUCGAAUAG